AUGGAUGGUCAACAUAAGCAUCAGCAUCAACAUCAGUCAACAACCACCACCACCACCAGCAGCAGCACUAGCGCCACCACAACCACUGCUACUAAUGCAGUAUUAACCGAUGCAGCUAAAAUUGAUAAAUCGAUUGAUGAUGAUGAUGAUGUUGAAGUGACGAAUAAUGUAAAUGCCAAUGAUCUAUUAAAUCUGGUCACAAGUUCAUCAUCAUCCAAUAAUAAUACAUCUGCAGCUAUGACGACGACCAUAUCAAAUAACGAUGGUUCCAACAACAACAACAACAACAACAAUAAUAGUGAUGGAAAUAAUUCGGAUACAUCGAUCACAGCAGCAGCAGCAGCAGCGGCUGCAGCACAAGCUGCUGCUCAAGCAUUUGCCCAGGUUCUUGUAUCAAAUUCAUCGCAAUUAGUAGCGGUCAAUAAUCUGCCAGCAAUACAGUCAUUAUUAGCUAAUCAACCAUCAUCGAAUCAACUGAAUCAAUUGAAUCAGACAGCAUCGCCAUUUUUUCUUCCACAAAACGCAGCUGCUGUAGCUGCUGCAUCAUUCCUAAGUCCUUUACUUCCGUUAUUAACUGGUGGUAAUGGUAGUAAUGCUACUACAUCUAUAAGUUCUCAACAAUUAACCACACAGAAUCUACAACAACAAUUACAACAAGCACAGUUUUUACUUGGUAAUCAGAAUUUCUUUCAACAAAGUUUAAUCGGAUUACAGAAUCUAGCUAAUCAUGCUGGUAGUAGUAGCAUCAGUAAUAAUAGUAAUAACAGUGGCAAUACUAUAAUAACUGGUAAUCAUUCACAACAACAACAUCAUUUAUUCUCUACACAUUCCUCAUUAACCGGUAAUCAUCAAUCAAUUGGUGGUAAUUUAAUAUCCAUCACCGAAAAAUAA